GGUAUGAUUCCCUGGUGAUUUACUGGAGCCCAGACAUCUCGGUUUGUGGGACUUCGAUUGGAUUUUCCAAGCUUUCCUUCUGCCCUUUGUUGUGUUUGAUCUCUUCCACAGUGGGUUUCUGAUGGGCUGUGAGAGUGAUGAAAAGAAAAGAGCACUGGAUAUAGAGUCCCAACAGGAGGGUGGGGGAUUGUGCAGAUGCUCUCACUUAAAAUCUCCAGCUAAGCAUACUUCAAGUAGUCAGCAGGCUUUGAACUUAACUUCCAGGCUCAGUCUUUUCCCAGCCAUUUAUGAGUUCUGUGACUUAAGUUCUCUUUCCAAGUAUCUAUUUUUCUCUAUGUCAGAUACUGGCCACUAACUGCUUGAGCACUCACCUCAUGAAUAGUAGCUGUUAGAAUUAUUAUGGGCCUUGAUCAGCAUACUUUGGCCCUUCAUAGCUUUGUCGAUAUACUGGAGUAAUAAUGGCCAUUGUUAAAUAAGAAAGACAGCCUUUGGAGGUAAACAUUAUUUUACAGUUAGGGAAACCGAUGGUCAGGUGCCUUAAGUAAGUGUCUUCUUAGGUGAGGAAGGCAACAAUUGACUGGGUGAGGAACCCUCCCCGCCCCUCUCCUGACUUACUGCACCUUGUUCUGCAGGAAGUGGUUGGAAUGCCUGGCCUUACUCCCAGAGAAUGGCCCAUCAGUUCAGUGGUCCUGAAUCCGGCCUUCUGGGUACUCUCCCAGCACACACUGGUGCAAUCUGUUUUUCUUAUCAUCGCUGGAUGCUUCAUACUCAACAAUGAGCUGUGCUACAUGAGGACUGUACCACUAUUCCACAAGAAAGAUGACGACAUAGAAGAAGGAGAUCUCCCAGAGCACAAGCGACCCUCAGCACCUGUUGACUUCUCACAGAUAGACCCUGGCAAGCCAGAAAGUAUAUUAAAGAUGACGAAAAAAGGGAAGACUCUGAUGAUGUUUGUCACUGUAUCAGGGAGCCCCACUGAAAAGGAGACAGAGGAGAUCACCAGCCUGUGGCAGGGCAGUCUGUUCAAUGCCAACUACGACGUCCAGAGGUUCAUCGUGGGAUCAGACCGUGCUAUCUUCAUGCUUCGUGAUGGGAGCUAUGCCUGGGAGAUCAAGGACUUUUUGGUCAGUCAAGACAGAUGUGCUGAUGUCACUCUGGAGGGACAGGUAUACCCUGGCAAAGGAGGAGGAAGCAAAGAGAAAAAUAAGACAAAACAAGAAAAGGGUAAAAAGAAAAAGGAAGGAGAUCCAAAACCUCGGGCUUCCAAGGAAGGCAAUCGAGCUGGAAACAAACGAGAAGACCUUUAAUGGAGCACCUGCAUUCUAAGGAGCUGAUAAGACACGGAGACCUUGCCAUGUCAUGGGCAGGACUGGGUGCGGGGAACUGCAUAUUGAAUGACAUCCUUAUUUCUUCUAAAAAGGGUCUGCCACUUGAUCAGUGUGUGGUCAGUAUAAGAAUUACUAUUCUAAAGGCUUCCAGUAUAAGGACAAAGUUUUUCUAAUGAUUGUGGACACUGACAGAUUUAUGUUUACUGUAAAAUCACUUUCUGUGGAAACUUGACCUUGUUGCUUUUUCCUACAUAAAGCUGGGGCAUCAUUGACUCCAAAGGUGCCAUACCCUUUCAUAGCAUCUGCUCUGAUCCGGUGACCUGAUGUGUCCAUGCUUCUGAUUUUCUAUCAGCCAGAAGACGGCAGGGUCAAAUCAGACAAGUCAUGAAAAUACUUAGUUGAGUCAAACUGUUCAUGCUGCAGUCAUUAUUUUCAUUGCAGCAAAGGCAGAACGUGCUGUGGGAGCCAGAUAGCCAGUUCUAGACACACAACUAGGAACCCAAUCCACGCAGGAAAUGCAGAGAACAGAAACAAUGCCACUUGGAAAUCCUAAGUAGUUAUCUUUCUUUGACUGGGUUGCUCUCAGCAGUUGAAAAGAACUCUUGCUAUCUGUCAGGUUUUUUUGUGGUUGUAAAGUAAGGAGAAUCUGUUCUGUUUUCUUAGCUACAGAAGAAUGAGGCUGGUGUAGAGGGCUUGUGUUCUGCUGACAGUUACGUGUAUAUGAGUUAGGACCAGCCAAGUCCUUUGCAGGGUGUGGCAGAAGACUAGACCUCAUUGACAGUAUUUCUAAACAUUUUUCUUUGAUAAAGUGCCUAAACUUAUAGUUGAUGUGCUACUGUUCAUGUCUAGCUAUUUUGCCAUUCAUAUGUUGAAGCCUACUUGAAAGACGAGUUAGAAUAUUUAUAUACAGAUAUCAUUUUUAAGAACUAAAAUUCUUUGGGGGGAAAAGCCUCAAUUGUGAUUUUAAGGAAUUUAAACUAGCACAUAUACAUCCUUAGAAAUGUUACUGUUAAAGAUUGGUACAAAGUGCAAAAUAUAUCUCUACCCUGCUGCCAGUAACUUGUCCCCAGUGGAGCUACUGUUAAUUUGUUUCCAAAAAGAAAAAGUAUGUUUCCCAGCUUGUA